GCCUUGUCAGGUCUGUGUUGAUGUUUUGGGGAAACUGGAAAGGCAGGAGGACGGGAAGAGGGAGACGGUUUGUUUUUGUUCUCUGGGCAUCAGAGCUCACGGCGAAUGCGAACAACUACAAUAAAUGCUCCUUACUGGUUUCAUAAAUAGCAGACGAUACUUAAGAAGGGAUUAUCGCAAACACGACACACGCAAAACAUUCGUUGAAAGGAGGAAUCGUCAUCCCUCUGACCCCCCUCCCUAAUAACAGACAUAACCAUGACGAUUCUUCCGAAGAAAAAACCGAGCUCGACAGUCGGAGUGUCGGACCACCCAGACGAGACUGACCGGAGGAGCGGUUCCGACCCUCACCAACAUUCACACGGAGGUCGGGCAGGAGCAAGGCCUAGAGCGUCCCCGCCACCCUGGCCGUACCAGGCCGCACCACCCUCGUCAAGGGAAGACAGGCGAAACGAAGCAAGCUCCCGGCCGCAGCAGGCCUCCCCUCCGCCAGUAGGAUCUGGUUCUCCUGCCGGCCCAGGAGACGGAGGUGGAAGCGGUGGGGUGGCUUGCGUCGCAGGGGUACGCGGGGAACUGUCAGCCGGUGUUGGCUGCGGCGGCGGCAUCGGAAGUUGUUGCUCCGGACCCGGCCUCAGUAAGAGGAGGCGACAGGCGCCUUGUGCUGGGGGGGUAGCUGGUGGAGGAGCGGUUGGAGUUGCCGGAGGAGGUGGUAGCGGUACUAGUCCUGACCCGGAGGAAGGAGCCGGCUACAACAGCGAGGACGAAUAUGAGAAUGCUUCCAGGCUGCAGUCCAUGGACCCCGCGACUGUCGAGCAGCAGGAACACUGGUUCGAGAAAACCCUCGGGGAAAAGAAAGGGUUUGUUAUAAAGAAGAUGAAGGAAGACGGAGCGUGCCUCUUCAGAGCAGUUGCUGAUCAAGUAUACGGAGACCAAGAUAUGCAUGAAGUGGUCCGAAAACACUGUAUGGACUACCUGAUGAAGAAUGCAGACUACUUUUCAAACUAUGUGACUGAAGACUUCACCACAUACAUCAACAGGAAGAGGAAAAACAACUGUCACGGGAACCACAUUGAGAUGCAGGCAAUGGCGGAGAUGUACAACCGGCCUGUAGAAGUUUACCAGUAUGGCACAGAACCAAUCAACACGUUCCAUGGCAUCCACCAGAACAACGAUGAGCCAAUCAGAGUUAGCUACCAUCGGAACAUUCACUACAAUUCAGUUGUGAACCCUAACAAAGCCACUAUUGGAGUUGGUCUAGGGCUUCCAGCUUUCAAACCAGGGCAGUAUGCUGACCAGCUGCUAAUGAAGAAUGCUAUAAAGACCUCAGAAGAAUCCUGGAUUGAGCAACAGAUGUUGGAGGACAAGAAGAGGGCCACAGACUGGGAAGCCACCAAUGAGGCCAUAGAAGAGCAAGUGGCUCGUGAAUCUUACUUGCAGUGGCUUCAGGACCAGGAGAAACAGGCACGACAGCCACGCAAGGCCAGUGCCACUUGUAGCUCGGCGACGGCAGCCGCAUCUAGUGGCCCUGAGGAGUGGAGUGCCCGUUCUCCCCGCCAGCGCAGUUCAGCCCCCUCGCCGGAACACCCAGACCCUCCUCACCCGGAUACAGCAACCAAGCCCGCUUCCCCAGCCGGAGCUGCCCUCAUGCUGUCCAAACCACCUUCUCCCUGUGCUCCAGGUCCUAGCAGUCAGACCUGUGUGGGCCCAGACAGAGCCACUUCGUCUUCCUUAGUGUCCCUGUAUCCUGAGUUGGAGUACCGUGCUAUCAUGCAGGAAAUGGCACCUUCUGCAUUUGCAGACUGGGAAGAUGAUGAGAUUCUGGCCUCCGUCCUGGCUGUCUCACAACAAGAAUACCUGGACAGCAUGAAAAAGAACGCGACACACAGAGAGCCGUCUCCCGACAGCAGUUGAUAGUGGGGGUGGUGACGCUGGCGAUGUCCACGGGGAAAAAGACAAAACUGAAACAAAUGUUUUCUCGAUCAUGGUACCCACCAGUCACCUGUCCCAGCCCCCAUACCUGCCUCUCCUCACCUCCCUAUACAAUAUCAUCAUAAUCAUACUCUCCAGCUCUUCCCCCAUUAUAAACCCCUUGCCUCCAUUGGACUUAUUUAGGUGCAUGUUUAAAUAAACACAAACAUCAUCAUAGAAAAUUAAAAAAAAGAAAAAUUGUAAUAAUGUCAUACUUAUCUUCUUAAUGAUUGAUUAAUAUAAUUUUGUUUUAUCAUUUUUGGAAUGAAAAAUACUUUUUUUUUUUUUCUUGGAAUAAAAAAUAAAAAACUU